AAGCUGGAACGCCUCGAAUCACACACGUGCUCGUGUUCUUACGCGUGUAAAAACGCCGGCCCGUAAAGUGGUUAAGAUUUGAUUAACUGCAGAGAGUGUUUGUUAAAAAUUACUGCUUCAAAAUGUUGGUUCUCUUCGAGACACCGGCUGGUUACGCUAUUUUCAAGGUUUUGGAUGAGAGUAAAAUAGAGAAAAUUGAUAAUCUUUAUCAUAGUUUUGAAUCGCCUGAAGGAGCUAGCAGAAUUCUCAAGUUGAAACAUUUUUCUAAAUUUGAGGAUACAACCGAAGCUCUUGCUGCAACUACUGCUGCUGUCGAAGGAAAAUUAUGCAAGAGUCUCAAGAAAGUGUUGAAGAAGGAGUGUGCUUCCCUUCAAGAAGAACUUGCAGUUGCAGAUGCAAAACUUGCAAACUCUAUUAAAGAAAAGUUGAAUCUUCAGUGUGUUAGUAAUUCAGCAACUCAAGAGUUAAUGAGAUGCAUACGUAGUCAGUUAGAUGGAUUAUUGGGAGAUAUUCCAAAGAAAGAAAUGACUGCUAUGGCAUUAGGUUUAGCUCACAGUUUAUCUAGAUAUAAGCUUAAAUUCUCACCCGAUAAAGUAGAUACAAUGAUCAUUCAAGCUAUUGGUCUUAUGGAUGAUAUUGAUAAAGAAUUAAAUAACUAUGUUAUGAGAGUUCGAGAGUGGUACGGAUGGCAUUUCCCUGAACUUGGAAAAAUUGUGACCGAUAAUUUGGCUUUUGUAAAAACGAUCAAAACAGUUGGUACACGAGAAAAUGCCAUUAACACAGAUUUAUCAGACAUUCUUCCUGAAGAUAUUGAAGAAAAUGUGAAACAGGCUGCUGAAAUUUCCAUGGGAACUGAAAUCUCAGAAGAUGAUAUAAGAAACAUCUUACGUUUAUGUGAUCAGAUAAUUGAUAUGACUGCAUACAGAGCACAUCUUUAUGACUAUCUGAAGGCACGCAUGAUGGCCAUAGCGCCAAAUCUGUCUGUUCUCAUUGGAGAUCUUGUUGGAGCUCGUCUUAUAUCUCAUGCUGGUUCACUCAUAAAUCUUGCUAAACAACCUGCUUCAACUUUGCAAAUUCUUGGUGCUGAAAAGGCUCUUUUCCGAGCUUUAAAGACAAAAAAAGAUACUCCUAAAUAUGGUCUUGUGUAUCAUUCAGCACUUAUCGGUCAAGCUUCAACUAGAAAUAAAGGUAAAAUGGCAAGAAUGUUAUCAGCUAAAGCAUCACUGUGUGCAAGAGUUGAUGCUCUUGGUGAAGAAGUCACUUAUGAGAUGGGUGCUGAACACAAAGUUAAGUUAGAAUCAAGGCUGAGAUUACUUGAGGAAGGUAAUAUUCGCAAAAUCAGUGGAACUCCAAAAGCUAAAGCUGCAUUCCAAAAGUUCCAUGCCAAGAGUGAAAUAGCUGAAUAUCCAGUUGCUGCAGAUUCAACUAUCAAAAGUGAGGUACCAGACAGGAAACCUUUGAUUGAAGAAAUCAAAGAAGAAAAAGAUGUAAUAGAGGAGGAAGUAAAAGAAAAGGAACAAAAUGGAGAUGAUGUAGAUGAAGAAGAAACAAAAAAAAAGAAGAAGAAGAAGAAGAAGAGGGCCAUGGAAGAAGUAGAAGUAAAAGUUGAAGAAGUAGAUGUUAAAGUUGAAGAGCAAGAAGAGAAUGAUGGAGAGCCAAAAAAGAAAAAGAAGAAGAAGAAGCACUAAAAGUUAUGAACUAUAAUAUUUUUUCUAGUCUUUCAUGACAAUUUACAACAAUAUGUGAUUGUAUAAUAAUGAUCAUACAUAAUUUAUAAAUACAUAUUGUGUGUACAUAUAAAUGCAUAAUAGUAAAUAUGUUCAACAAUUAAUACAAUACCGGUUGACAUGUUUAUGUCAGUAUAAUAGAAGUGCUACAGGAACAGUGCAUUGUAAUUGAAACAUUACGCUGUUAAUUACUUGCGCUUUAAUAAACAUACAAAAGAUAUACUUAUUUAUGUACUUUCAUUUCAUAUUUAAAUUUUGUGCGUAUGUGCAUGAAAAAAUAUUAUAUUCAAGAUUAAGUUGGAAAUGUGCCUGUAAUGAAUGAAUGAAGAAUACAUUAUGCAUAAUGCAUAUGUGCGAAUCAUUAAAAUACCUUGAUAUACAUAUGUUAUAACAGGAUGCUAUUGAUAUUAAUACAGAUGAAGUGAUAUAUGGAUAGAGUUUUAUAUAAGACCACAAGAUUAUAAAAUUACUCAAUUUAAGUGAAAAAUCUAGGGAACUAUAAUAUUUAUUUAUAAUGUUAAAAAGUAUAAAUUAAAAUGAGUGUAAAAGCAGUAUUUUGACACUAUAUAAAUAUAUAAGAUGAGAGAAAGAUGAA